UUCAGCUUCCUUCCUGCGAAUGGCGAACUGAGGGCGCGUAAAUUCUAUGACAAGUCAACGCAGCAGUUCAUUUUCUUCCUCUUGAAAACACCGACAAAGUGGACGCCUGGUGAUAUUUUAUGGUGGACUUAUUCAACAAGAGGUCUGUUGAGGAUGAGGACUUUGGAGGAGGUUCAGGCGACGCUUGAGAUCGCCAAGCUGAAAGUGGAAGACCUUCAGAAAACCAUCCAGUGUUUGUCUCUGGGGGAGAACGUCUCAUCUGCGGAUUACUGUCUGAUGGAGCUGGACGACACGCUGUGCAAACACCUAGAAGCGGGUAACAGCCUGGUGAUCAGAGGGGAUAAAGACGAGCACGCCGUGCUGUGUAGCGGCGACAAAACGUACGAUUUGAAGAUGGCGGACACGUCCAACCUGCUGCUCUUUCUGCCGGGAUGCAAAACACCCGAACAGCUAAGCAGCAGCCAGGAGAGCACACAUCUCGCUCACGCUCAGAUCUGGGGCUUUUGCAACAGCUACUGGGAAGUGAGGAGACAGCGUCCUAAAAUAAAGAAGCUGCUGAGAGUUUUAAGGGAGAACCCAUAUGAAGGACCUGCCUUAGGAGGGCAGCAGGAGAGCACAGAAAAGACGUACACCAUGGAUGAUCUGCUGGAGACUAUUCAAGCUAGUGAAGAGGAGCUCAAGAACCACUUGAGGGCCAUCCAUGCCUGUCAGAUAAAUGGCCGCUGGCGUGUGCUCGACUCUGACUAUGAGAUGAAGUUGCUCGGUCAUGUGACUCAGCUGGUGGACUCCGAGUCGUGGUCUUGCAGCAAGGUUCCACUUCAAACCAGUCUGGAGGAGCUAGGCCCGCUCGAGCCCAGAGAGAUGAUUGAGCACUGUUUAAACUGCUACGGGACACGCUACAUUGAAAAUAACGACGUGUUUUACGCGCUGGAGGAGGCUAAAGUUUGUCGGGCCACCGCGCUUAUGUUGCUGAAGAAUGCCAUCAAGUUCAACCUGGGGGAGUUUCAGGAGGUUUGGCAGCAGAGUGUACCAGACGGCAUGAGCACCAGCCUGGACCAGCUCAAGAGCUUUGCUCUGGUAGACCGCACCUCCCGCCCAGAGACAAUCUGCCUUCUGCGGGUAGAAGAUCUUCCAGAGGACACAAUGGAGCGCUUCAACCAUCUCUUCACUCUGCGAGAGAAAUGGACAGAAGAGGAUAUUACGCCGUACAUAGCGGACCUGUGCAGUGAGAAACAGACCACAGGAGCACUAUUGACCAAAUACGCUCGAUCUUCAAUGCAGAAUGGCAUCAAGGUGUUCAACUCAAGACGGCCUAUUGUGACUUAAACAUCUCGUACCUCCCAUCACUUCUUUGGCAAACAAACCUUACGACAUGUUUGUACUGUUUGAUACCGAAACUUGGCAUUUAUCCUGCAAACUACUUCAGUUGGAAUUGUAUAAAUUGUUCACAAUAACAUCCAUCCAGCCAUUUUCUGAGCCGCUUCUCCUCACUCGGGUCGCGGGCGAGGUGGAGCCUAUCCCAGCUGUCAUCGGGCAACCCUGAACCGGUUGCCAGCCAAUCGCAGGGCACAUACAAACAAACAACCAUUCGCACUCACAGUCACGCCUACGGGCAAUUUUAGGGUCUCCAAUUAAUGCAUGUUUUUGGGAUGUGGGAGGAAACCGGAGUGCCCGGAGAAAACCCACGCAGGCACGGGGAGAACAUGCAAACUCCACACAGGCGGGGCCGGGGAUGGAACCCGGGUCCUCAGAACUGUGAGGCUGACGCUCUAACCAGUCGCCCACCGUGCCGCCUCACAAUAACACAUUUGUGUUAUUAUGAAGUGGCUGCUAUGCGUAACGUUGUCCACAAGGUGGAGCCAUGCAAAGCAAAAUCAUCUCAGUGUUGAUGGUGUACAGCAAGGGCCACUAACUUACUUAGAUCACUUAAUCACUUAGAAGUGAUUAUUUUCAAAUGUAAACAGAGAUCCAUCCAUCCAUUUUCUGAACCGGUUAUCCUCACUAGGGUCGCAGGUUUCUAAUAUAAUAAAGUGAGACAUAUUGAUAUUCAUCUGUUUCCUACCUUGUUAAAUCUUUGUUGAUAAUUAUUGUGAGAAAUCAUGAACAUGAUCAAUGUCCGACAUGUGUGAAA